CUGGGCAAGCCCCAUGAGGACAGGAGAGUGAUGGAGAGUACGCCCAGCUUCCUGAAGGACACCCCAAUCUGGGAGAAGACGGCCCCUGAGAACGGCAUUGUGGGACAGGAGUCGGGCACCCCGCCUCGAGAUGGCCUGCACCGUGGGCCGCUGUGCCUGGGAGAGCCUGCUCCCUUCUGGAGGGGCGUCCUGAGCACCCCGGACGCCUGGCUUCCCCCUGACUUCCCCCAGGGCCCCAAGGACACACUCCCACUUGUGGAGGGUGAGGGCCCCCAGAAUGGGCAGAGGAAGGCCCACUGGCUGGGCAGCAAGGACGGACUGCGCUGGAAGGAGGCCAUGCUCACCCACCCGCUGGCGUUCUGCGGGCCAGCGUGCCCACCUCGCUACAGCCCCCUAGUUCUUGAGCAUAGUGGUGGCCAUUCCAAGAGUGACCCUGUGGCCUUCCGGCCCUUGCACUGUCCUUUCCUUCUGGAGACCAAGAUCCUGGAGCGAGCUCCCUUCUGGGUGCCCACCUGCUUGCCACCCUACCUGGUGUCCAGCCUGCCCCCAGAGCAUCCAUGUGACUGGCCCCUGGCCCCGCACCCCUGGGUGUACUCCGGGGGCCAGCCCAAAGUGCCCUCUGCCUUUGGCUUAGGCAGCAAGGGCUUUCACCACAAGGAUCCCAUUCUCGGGCGGGCCAGGGAGCCCCUGGCAGCUGCAGAACCUGGGCUGUUGGGCUUGGCCCCUGGUGGGCACCUCCAGAGAGCCAGGGAGGCGGAACGCCCCUCACUCCACCAGAGGGAUGGAGAGACAGGAGCUGGCAGGCAGCAGAAUCUUCGUCCGCUUUUCCUGGGGCAUCCGAGCACUAUUCCCUGGACCCCCUGGCCUGCUUGUCCCCCAGGCCUCGUUCACACUCUCGGCAACGUCUGGGCUGGACCAGGCAGUGGGAGCCUUGGGUACCAGCUGGGACCACCUGCCACACCACGGGGCCCCUCUCCUGGGCCUCCUACCACCCAGGGGCGCUGUUGCUCAUCCCAUCCAUCUGCUAAGGAUGGGGGUCUUGGCCCUUGUGGGAAAUGCCAGGAGGGCCUGGAGCGGGGGACCAGUGGGUCCAGUGAUUUCAGCGAGGAAGUCAGCAAGGCCACUGAUCCCAGGGCCUGUCCCCCCAGCCACCACACCAAGCUGAAGAAGACAUGGCUCACUCGACACUCUGAGCAGUUUGGAUGUCCAGGGGGCUGUCCUGGGGAUGAGGAGAGCCCAGCUGCCCGGCUCCGGGCUCUCAAGAGGGCAGGCAGCCCUGAGGUCCAGGAGGCAGUGGGCAGCCCAGCCCCCAAGCGGCCACCUGACUCUUUCCCAGGCCCUGUGGGGCAGGGGGCCAGGGCUUGGCAGGAGGUGCUGGACGCAUCAAGAGGGAGCAAGGUGGAGGCAGGACGGCAUAAUGACCAGAGAGGACCCCGAGAUGGCCGGGCCAGCCUCCAGGACCCUGGGCUUCCGGACAUACCACGUGUGGCUCUCCCUGCAGGCCUCACCCAAUGCCAAAGCUGUGCCCAGGCAGCUGGAGACGGGGGAGGGCUGGCCUGCCACUCCCAGCAAGGGCGGAGAUUGCCUCUGGGAGGGGAGCGGCAGCAGGAGGAAGACACAGCUGCCAGCUCCAGCUCUGAGGAUGGCUGGGGGUCUGGCCCAGAGGCCCCGCUCAGCACGGGCCUUGCCAAGCACCUGCUCAGUGGUUUGGGGGACCGACUGUGCCGCCUGCUGCGGAGGGAGCGGGAGGCCCUGGCCUGGGCGCAGCGGGAAGGCCAGGGGCCAGCCGUGACAGAGGACAACCCAGGCAUUCCACGCUGCUGUAGCCGUUGCCACCACGGACUCUUCAAUACCCACUGGCGAUGUCCCCGCUGCAGCCACCGGCUAUGUGUGGCCUGCGGCCGAAUGGCGGGUGCUGGGAGGACUGGGGAGAAAGCAGGCUCACAGGAGCAGUCCACAGAGGAGUGUGCCCAGGAGGCUGGGCACCCUGCCUGUUCCCUGAUGCUGACCCAGUUUGUCUCCAGCCAGGCUUUGGCAGAGCUAAGCGCUGCAAUGCACCAGGUCUGGAUCAAGUUUGACAUCCGGGGGCACUGCCCCUGCCAAGCUGAUGUCCGGGUGUGGGCCACCGGGGAUGGGGGCCAGCAGAAGGAGCCGACAGAGAAAACGCCCCCAACUCCACAACCUUCCUGUAAUGGGGACACCAACAGGACCAAGGACAUCAAAGAGGAAACCCUGGACUCCACGGAGACCCCAGCAGAGGACCGUGCUGGCCGAAGGUCCCUGCCUUGCCCCUCUCUCUGUGAACUGCUGGCCUCUACUGCGGUCAAACUCUGCCUGGGCCAUGAGCGGAUACACAUGGCCUUUGCCCCUGUCACCCCGGCCCUGCCCAGUGACGACCGCAUCACCAACAUCCUGGACAGCAUCAUCGCACAGGUGGUGGAACGGAAGAUCCAGGAGAAGGCCCUGGGGCCGGGGCUGCGAGCUGGCCCAGGCCUGCGCAGGGGCUUGGGCCUGCCCCUCUCCCCAGUGCGGCCCCGGCUGCCACCCCCUGGGGCUCUGCUGUGGCUGCAGGAGCCCAGGCCCCGGCGAGGCUUCCACCUCUUCCAGGAGCACUGGAGACAGGGCCAGCCCGUGUUGGUGUCGGGGAUCCAGAGGGCAUUACGAGGCAGCCUGUGGGGGACGGAAGCUCUUGGGGCGCUUGGCGGCCAGGUGCAGGCUCUGGCCCCCCUCGGGCCCCCCCGGCCCACGAGCCUGGGCAGCACAGCGUUCUGGGAGGGCUUCUCCCGGCCCGAGCUUCGCCCAAAGUCAGACGAGGGCUCUGUCCUCCUGCUGCACCGAGCUCUGGGGGACGAGGACAACAGCAGGGUGGAGAACCUGGCUGCCAGCCUGCCACUCCCGGAGUACUGUGCGCACCACGGGAAACUCAACUUGGCCUCCUACCUCCUGCCCGGCCCUGCCCUGCGUCCGCUGGAGCCCCAGCUCUGGGCAGCCUAUGGUGUGAGCCCACACCGGGGACACCUGGGGACCAAGAACCUCUGCGUGGAGGUGGCUGACCUGGUCAGCAUCCUGGUGCACGCUGAGGCACCGCUGCCGGCCUGGCACCGGCCACAGAAAGACUUCCUUUCAGGCCUGGACGGGGAGGGGCUCUGGUCUCCAGGCAGCCAGGUCAGCACCGUGUGGCACGUGUUCCGGGCACAGGACGCCCAGCGCAUCCGCCGCUUUCUCCAGAUGGUGUGCCCGGCUGGGGCAGGGACCCUGGAGCCCGGCGCCCCGGGCAGCUGCUACCUGGACGCGGGGCUGCGACGGCGCCUGCGUGAGGAGUGGGGCGUGAGCUGCUGGACCCUGCUGCAGGCCCCCGGGGAGGCCGUGCUGGUGCCUGCGGGGGCUCCCCACCAGGUGCAGGGCUUGGUAAGCACAGUCAGCGUCACUCAGCACUUCCUGUCCCCGGAGACUUCCGCCCUCUCUGCUCAGCUCUGCCAUCAGGGACCUAGCCUGCCCUCCGACCAUCGCCUGCUUUAUGCCCAGAUGGACUGGGCUGUGUUCCAAGCAGUGAAGGUGGCUGUGGGGACAUUACAGGAGGCCAAAUAGAGGGCUCCCAGGUGUCAGGAGUAGGAGUCAGGGCAGGUAGACCAGGUGCUCAGCCGGGCACAGCUACCGCGGCAACGGGGAAGGAUGUGGGGGAUUUGGGGGCUUUUGGUCUAUCCCACAAGCACCACUCUGGGCACAAGCGGGGCACCCCAUUUCCCACCCCUGCCCUGGGCCCUAAAGCCAACAGCCACAGUACCACUGAAGCGCACACCUGCCCCACCCCCGAGUUCCUCUCCAUGGCACCAGGCCCACACUGGGGGUGACUGACUCCCCAAACCCAGCCCUCCCCCGCCCAGGAGACAAGCCGCCCUUCCUUGGGGGACCUCGGGAACCAUUCUGGCUAAAGCAGCACCUCCUCAUGCCGCCUCACCCCUGCCAUCCCACCCAUGCACCCCGG